CCCGCUUACUUAUUCAACAGGUAAUCAGAGUACCUGCUACGAAUGAGAUAUAGUGGCAACAUCUUUUGUUCAUGUAUCUAUUUAGCAUGUUUUUUUGAAUGCAUCUUACACUAGGCUGUGAGCAGAAACCUUGCCCUUAUGAAACUCACAAUCUAUUGUCAAUCUGCUCAUUAACAAAGAAUCCCAAAUAUAUAAUUAACAAUGUGCUCAGGGAUUCAAAAGAAGGAUAUCUGAUGGUUACAAAAACAUAAAAUAGGGAAGCUGAGAAUAAACAAGGAGGCCAAAGGAGAAGCCAGGGGGCCAGUUGGAAGUCUGCUGUAGUUAAACCAACAAAAGAUGGUAGUUUGGGCUAAAGCGGGAGCAUGGGAGCUGGAGACAAGAGACUGAUUUGAGAUGUCCCAUAUAUCCACAUCAGAUCUUACUCUUCUCUCAGGGGACGGAGGGAAAGCCAGACUUGUCUACAAGUGACCUGGCCAAGGGAACACCUUACUCUGAAAUUAAACAAAAGUAGAGAGAUUUGGUGUGUGUGUGUUUACACACACCCUACUAUGAGUACCAACACUGCCACAUGGACGCAUCAGAACAACCCUGAGAUAGAUGUCCUCUCCAUUUUUAGAGAUGGGUCUUCAAAGUGUAGGCAAUAUACCCAAAGUCACAGAGUUGGAGUUAGGAUUGGAGCCCAGGUCUAGCAUCAAAGACCAGUUCGCUUCAUUACCUCAAGUUAUUGCCCACGGUUCUGAUAAGAAACCUUCCUCUAGUCUAGUUUUCAAUUUUGCAUCCACGAGAGGGGUCCUUAAGUCUCCACGAACGGAGUUUUAAGGCUGAACUCCGCGGCCGGAACACCUCCUUCGGUCCGGAACUAGAAAGCGAGAGCGUUGUUUCCCAUCGGAAGGGGAAAAUGCUACUCUCUCACCCUCCUCCGCUUCGCGAGACCCGGAAGUGGCGUAUCGCGUCCUGGAGCCGGCCUCCCCGUCGGGGGUGACGCCGCGGCGGACUGCCCUUCUCCAAGAUGGCGUCGAAGAUGGGUUCGCGACGCUGGACGCUGCAGCUGAUCAUGCAGCUGGGUUCGGUAUUGCUCACACGCUGCCCCUUCUGGGGCUGCUUCAGCCAGCUCAUGCUGUACGCUGAACGGGCCGAGGCGCGCCGGAAGCCCGACAUCCCCGUGCCCUACUUGUACUUCGACUUGGGGGCAGCCGUGCUGUGCGCCAGCUUCAUGUCCUUUGGCGUGAAGCGGCGCUGGUUCGCGCUGGGGGCCGCGCUCCAGCUGGCCAUUAGCACCUACGCCGCCUACAUCGGGGGCUACGUCCACUACGGGGACUGGCUGAAGGUCCGUAUGUACUCGCGCACGGUUGCUAUCAUCGGCGGCUUUCUUGUGCUGGCCAGCGGCGCUGGGGAGCUGUACCGCCGGAAGCCCCGCAGCCGCUCCCUCCAGUCCACCGGCCAGGUGUUUCUGGGCAUCUACCUCAUCUGCGUGGCCUACUCACUGCAGCACAGCAAGGAGGACCGGCUGGCGUAUCUGAACCACCUCCCGGGUGGGGAGCUCAUGAUCCAGCUGUUCUUCGUUCUGUACGGGGUCCUGGCGCUGGCCUUCCUGUCCGGCUACUACGUGACGCUGGCUGCCCAGAUCCUGGCUGUACUGCUGCCCCCGGUCAUGCUGCUCAUUGACGGCAACAUUGCCUACUGGCACCACACACGGCGAGUUGAGUUCUGGAACCAGAUGAAGCUCCUUGGAGAGAGUGUGGGCAUCUUCGGGGCCGCUAUCAUCCUGGCCACCGAUGGCUGAGUUGCACGACAAGAGGCGGAGAGGGGUGCCGGGAGCCACAGAGGGCCACCCCACCUUCCUCCCUGCUGGCCCAGUUGUUUCUCGAUGCUUUCUGCUCUGUUGGGUGGGUUCUUUGCUGUGUGUGUGUGUGUCUGUGUGUAUGUGUCGGUGAGAGGCAGGUGGCUUCCCCAGGGCCUGGGCUCCUUGGGGGUGGGAGCCCUGAUGGUGAUGCCUUACAGGGUUUGGUUUUUUUUCCCCCCUGUUCAUUAGGAGGAGAGCUGAGGCCAGCUGCUCCCGGGGUCUGCUGUCCCAGAGAAGGGAGUAAGGCAGGGCUCGGGUGGGGGUGCCAAGACUGGGAGACGGAGGAAGGAAGACUACGAACCGGAAGUGAGCAAAUGUGAAAAAUCCCUUUUUGAACUGGCCAGGAGCAGCCGGGCUCCACAGUGCUUUUCAGAGACAGAGUGCGUAUGCGUGUUGACGUGUGUGGAUCGGGCCUGGAGGUGCCCAGGGGCCGGGCACCACAGAAGUCACGGGAGUUCUCAGGGCAGGCUGGGGUCAGAAACCGCACUGAUGCCCCACCUUGAACGCAGAGCAGACCCUGGGCUGGGGUGCGCAGGGGUGGGGCGUGCCGCAGCCAGCUUCCCGCCCCCCUGCCUUCUGUUUCCAGCGGUAUGGUUGGCCUGGUGGGGGUGAGUGCCCUCCCAAACACCAGACCACACAGUCCUCCAAAAAUAAACAUUUUAUAUAGA